GACGUUCAUUAUUUUACAUUUGAUGGCCUGAAGUACGACUUCCAAGGUGUCUGUAAAUACACACUAGUUGAAGACAUCACUUUUCAAGGUUUCAAAUUUUUCAAGGUAUUUGUGAAAAAUCGUCGUUGGGGACUAUCAGGAACAUCUAUAACACAAUAUGUGGAAGUAAACAUCGUAGGGCAAACCAUAAGACUUGAUGGUCCAGGGUUUAAGAGAGUUCAAGUUGAUGGAAUCCCAGUGGAUCAAAAAAGUCUACCCUAUAAUGAUCCAACCGGCCUUGGAUGGUAUACUGUCAAUGUUGCUGGGAACCUGCUUACUUUCGAGAGUCCUCCAACCGGACUGAAAAUAGAUUUCAUCGUCCAUCCUAGUGACACGCCAACGUAUUCACCUGGUUAUGGCGAUGUCUGGGUGACGUUAGGGCGACAGUGGAUGCUACAAGCACCCCCUGUUGGUCCUAAGGUGGAUGGACUUUGCAAGAAUUAUGAUAAUAAUACUCAAAAUGACUGUACAGAUAAAGCCGGGAAUGAUCUGACAGGGACGCCUGACAAAGGCGUUUUACUUGGUAAAAGUUACAAUGUUUACGACAACGAAGAUCGAAAUUGUGUAAGCAUGAUAAGAGAUCGAAGUGGACCUAAAAUAAUAGAGCCUCCUCCAGCUAUUGUGAGAGAGGCUUCCGAGUUUUGUCGAAGCAUCGUCAGUCAAAACGGAUUUUUCAAGCGUAUUGUGAGUAACCGCCAAAGAAGGGCCACAGGUGAAUUUGAGAAGUGGGAAGCUGACUGUAAGAUGGACCUCAGUGUAAACCCAGAUGCAAAGUGCGACAUUCUCGAAGCAUUUGUCGUUUCAUUCAGAGAUGAUAGUCAGGGAAUCACAGGUUGGCGUGAAGAGUUCAAAUGCGCCAUUCAAUGUGGAAAAAAUGAGCAAUAUCUCUACGAUGGUCCUGGUUGUGAAGAGCAUUGUUUGGAGAGUGAACCGCGCUUUUGUGAAGAGCAUGCGAGACGAGAAGGUUGUUUUUGUAGAACAGGCUAUGUUAGGUGCCAUGGAAAAUGCACUGUUACGGAUAGAGUGGAUUGCACUUGGGGUGCGUGGAGUGAGGAUGGGAUGUGUACCUCAUGUAAUGAGCAAUGUAUCAAGUACUGUAUGAAAUACAGGAAAAAGAAUCCUGCUCAAAAACGUGGAAAAGACUGUAUUGGUGUAACGUUGAUGCAUGUCACUAGGAAAUGCACAGGCGGGAAGUGUGCGAAGAACCCUGAGAGAGGAAAAAGACAAGCCUCGGAAGAACAACAACAGUGUAGGGGAUGGGGUGACGUCCACUAUAUCACAUUUGAUGGCUUGGAGUACAACUUCCAUGGUGUCUGUAAAUACACUCUAUUAGAAGACACAACUAUCCUAAAAUCAUUCAAGGUAUUUGUGAAGAAUCGUCGAUGGGGGCUUACAGGGACAUCUGUAACACAAUACGUGGAAAUUUAUAAUGGAGGCACACAGGAGACUGUCAGACUUGAUGGUCUUGACGGUGUAGGACUUAAAAGAAUUAAAGUUGAUGGACGCCCAGUGGAUCGUAUACCAUUCAAUGGUAGAGACAAUUGGUAUACUGCCAGUAUUGUAGGGAACCGUCUAACAUUCGAUAGUGAUAUCUUCGACAUAAGUAUAGCAUUCACCGUCUCUCCUAGAGAUAAUCAACCAUAUUCUCCAGGCUAUGGUGACGUUAUGGUUACAUUGGGAAGACAGUGGAUGCUGCAAGCGGAUCCAGUUGGUAUUGAUAAAGUUGAUGGUCUUUGCAAGAAUUAUGAUGGUAUUAGGGAAAAUGACUGGAAGGAUAAAAACGGGGCUGACCUGACAAACAAGCCAGACAAAGAAAAAUUACUUGGUACCAGUUACAAGGUCCUUGAUGUACAGGAUCGAAAUUGUGUAGACAUGAUCACACUUAAAGUUAACACUCCUCCACAAUCUAUUAUACACUCUGCCACUGAGUUCUGUCGCGGGAUCGUCAACCCAAACGGAAUUUUCAAACAAAUCGUUCGACCUCGAGAAAGGGGACUUAAAACAUGGGAAGCUAACUGUAGAACGGAUUUUACCGCAGAACCCAAUGCAAAGUGUGACAUUGCUAAAGCGUUUGCCGACAUUCACAGCGAUAAUGGUCGUGAAAACAAGGAAUGGCGAAAGGAAUUGAAGUGCACAAUUCAAUGUGGACAAAAUGAGGUAUAUAUGCAUCAUGGUCCAGGUUGUGAAGAGCAUUGUGAGGAGGAUAAACCACGUUGGUGUGACAAUAAAAGGCGAGAAGGCUGUUUCUGUAAACCAGGGUACGUAAGGUGCAAUGGGAAUGGAACAUGCAUCAUACCAG